GUGCUUUCCUCACCCAUCAUCAAGUAUUGUAUCAUAAACUCAGCCGAUAUUCAGUAAUACUAUACUAUGAUGAGAGCAAGGGUUCCACUGCUACUGUUGUUGGGAAUUCUUUUCCUGGCAUCACUUUCUGUCACCUUCGGCAUUGUUCACCGGGAGCACCAACAGAGCCAGGAAGAGUCGGAUUCAAGAGGAAGAAACAACCCCUUCUACUUCAACUCUGACAGGUUCCAUACUCUGUACACAAACGAAUAUGGUCACCUUCGUGUGCUCCAGAGGUUCGACCAACGCUCCAAACAAAUUCAGAAUCUUGAAAACUACCGUCUUGUAGAGUUCAAGUCCAAACCCAACACCCUCCUUCUUCCUCACCAUGCUGAUGCCGAUUUUCUCCUAGUUGUCCUUAACGGGAGAGCCGUACUCACCUUGGUGAAUGCUGACGGCAGAGACUCCUACAUUCUUGAGCAAGGCCAUGCCCAGAGAAUCCCUGCAGGAACCAUUUUCUUUGUGGUUAACCCUAACGACAACGAAAAUCUCAGAAUAAUCAAAAUGGCCGUACCUGUUAACAACCCUCACAGAUUUCAAGACUUUUUCUUAUCUAGCACAGAAGCCCAACAAUCCUACUUGCAAGGGUUCAGCAAGAAUGUUCUAGAGGCCUCCUUCGAUAGUGAGUUCAAGGAGAUAAACAGGGUUCUGUUUGGAGGGGAGGGACAGCAACAGCAAGGCCAGGAGAGUCAGCAAGAGGGAGUGAUUGUGGAACUUGAAAGAGAACAGAUUCGCGAACUGAUCAAACAUGCCAAAUCUAGUUCAAGGAGAGCCCUUUCCUCCCAAGAUGAACCAAUCAACCUGAGAAACCGCAAACCCAUCUACUCCAACAAAUUUGGAAGGUGGUAUGAGAUCACCCCGGAGAAAAACCCCCAACUUAGGGACAUGGACAUGUUCAUCAGUUCUGUGAAUAUGAAAGAGGGAGGCCUUCUUCUGCCACACUACAAUUCUAAGGCCAUAGUGAUUCUGGUGAUUAAUAAAGGAGAAGCAAACCUUGAACUUGUUGGGCAAAGAGAACAAGAACAAGAGGAAAGCUGGGAAGUGCAGAGGUAUAGAGCUGAGUUGUCUGAAGACGAUGUAUUUAUAAUUCCAGCAACAUAUCCUGUUGCUAUCAACGCUACCUCCAAUCUAAAUUUCUUUGCUUUCGGUAUCAAUGCUGAGAACAACCAGAGGAACUUCCUUGCAGGUGAGAGAGACAAUGUGAUAAGCGAGAUACCUACAGAGGUGUUGGAUGUGACGUUCCCUGCGUCUGGUGAGAAGGUUGUGAAGCUGGUAAAGAAGCAGAGCGAAUCCUACUUUGUGGAUGCACAGUCUGAGCAAUAAAUAUGAAGUGAAAUGUAUGUAUGGUGGAAGAGCUCAUAUAUAGAGAGCAUGGAAAUAUGUAUCGGCCAUGUAGCAAUAAAUGAGCUCCAGCUCACUUCUUGAAUGAAUAAUAAAGGGUAUAUUUAUUUUUAUA